AUGGCUGCUAUGGGCGGCGGUCUGCAAGGUUCCUUGCAGCAACUGCAGGAGUCCUUAUCCGCUGUGGACCACAGCAUCGCCGCGAUGUCCAGUUAUCACCUGAUUCGGGGUCUGGGCCUGGAGUGCGUGCUGAGCGCCAGCCCCUCGGCGCUGGCAUUACAGACUUCCUUACUUUUUUCCAGAGAUUUUGGUCUGCUUGUUUUUGUACAGAAAUCACUUAGCAUUGAAGAAUUUCGAGAUUGUAGAGAAGAAAUCCUAAAAUUUUUAUAUAUUUUCUUAGAAAAAAUUGGUCAGAAGAUUACACCUUAUUCUCUUGAUAUGAAGAAUACUUGUACCAGUGUUUAUACAAAAGAUAAAGCUGCUAAAUGUAAAAUUCCAGCCCUAGACCUUCUUAUUAAGUUACUUCAGACUUUGAGAAGUUCCAGCCUCAUGGAGGAAUUCAAAGUUAGAGAAUUAUUUAGCAAAUUUUAUGGAGAACUUGCUUUGAAAACAAAAAUACCAGAUACAGUUUUAGAAAAAAUAUAUGAGCUUCUAGGAGUAUUAGGUGAAGUGCAGCCUAGCGAGAUGAUGAAUAAUUCAGAAAAACUCUUCCGGGCUUUUUUGGGUGAACUUAAGACCCAGAUGACAUCCACUGUGCGACAGCCCAAACUCCCUGUUGUGGCAGGGUGUCUGAAAGGCCUAUCUUCACUCAUGUGUAACUUCACGAAAUCCAUGGAGGAAGAUCCCCAGACCUCAAAGGAGAUUUUUGAUUUUGCGCUGAAGGCAAUUUGUCCUCAGAUUGACCUGAAGAGAUAUGCAGUGCCUUCAGCUGGUUUGCGCUUGUUUGCCUUACAUGCCUCCCAGUUCAGCACCUGCCUUCUGGACAACUAUGCUUCCUUAUUUGAAGUGCUGUCAAAAUGGUGUAGCCAUCUUAAUGUAGAAAUGAAGAAAUCUGCACAUUCGGCCUUGGAAGCUUUUCUGAAACAGGUUUCGUUUAUGGUGGCAAAAGAUGCAGAAAAGCAUAAGAGUACACUGCAGUACUUUAUGAAACAAUUUUAUGAAAUCAUCAGAAAUGUGGACUCAAGCAACAAGGAGUUAUCAAUCGCUAUUCGUGGAUACGGACUCUUUGCAGGACCUUGUAAGGCUAUUAGUGCAGAAAAUGUGGACUGGAUGUAUGUCGAACUCAUUCAGCGCUGCAGACAGAUGUUCCUGACUCAGACAGACACCGACGAUGACCAUGUCUACCAGAUGCCAAGUUUUCUCCAGUCAAUUGCCAGUGUCUUGCUUUGCCUUGACACCGUUCCUGAGGUGUAUACGCCAGUUCUGGAACACCUCAUGGUGGCACAGAUAGAUAGUUUCCCACAGUAUAGUUCCAAAAUGCAGUUGGUGUGUUGCAGAGCCAUAGUAAAAGUUUUCCUGGCCUUAGUCGACAAAGGACCGGUUCUCUGGAAUUGUAUUGGUACUGUGGUGCAUCAAGGUUUAAUCAGAAUAUGUUCUAAACCAGUGGCCCUUCAAAAGGAUGCCGAGGCCGAGUCUGAAGAUCUUGAUGGCUCCGGGGAAGUGCGAACCGGAAAGUGGGAAGUGCCUAUUACCAAAGACUAUUUGGAACUUUUUAGGAACCUCAUGAGCUGUGACCAGAUGAUGGAUUUUCUCUUAGCAGAUGAAGCAUUUCUGUCGGUGAAUUCCACCCUUCAAAGUUUGAAUCGUUUGCUAUAUGAUGAGUUUAUAAAAUCGAUUUUGAAGAUAAUUGAUAAAUUGGAUCUUACACUAGAAAAACAGAAUACUGGAGAACAAGAGGAUGAGAAUGUAGGUACUGGUGUGUGGGUGAUCGCAACCUCAGAUCCAGCUGCAAAUUUGUGUGCUUCUAAGCCUCAAGAUUUUUCAGCUUUCAUUAACCUGGUGGAGUUUUGCAGAGAGAUUCUUCCUGAGAAACAUGUGGAGUUUUUUGAGCCAUGGUUAUAUUCAUUUUCAUAUGAGUUAAUUUUGCAUUCUACACAGUUGCCACUCAUCAGUGGCUUCUACAAAUUGCUUUCUGUUGUAGUGAGAAAUGCCAAGAAAAUUAGGUAUUUUGAGGGCGUUGGUCCAAAGAGUCUGAAACUCUUAUCUCAAGAUGCAGAAAAGUAUUCUUGUUUUGCUUUAUUUGCAAAAUUUGGUAAAGAGGUAUCUGUUAAAAUGAAGCAAUACAAAGAUGAACUCUUGGUCUCCUGUUUGACUUUCAUUCUUUCUCUGCCGUACAACAUCAUUGAGCUUGAUAUAAGAUCCUAUGUCCCUGCUUUGCAGAUGGCUUUUAAACUGGGAUUGAGCUAUAUGCCAUUAGCAGAAGUAGGCUUGAAUGCUCUACAAGAAUGGUCAGUUAACAUUCGCAAAUAUGUAAUUCAGCCGUAUUACAAAGACAUUCUGCCCUGUCUUGGUGGUUAUUUGAAAACUUCAACCUUAUCAGUUGAAACCAAGAAUACCUGGGAAGUAUCUGCACUCUCCAAAGCUGCUCAGAAAGGGUUUCAGAAAGUUGUAUUAAAACAUCUGAAGAGGACAAAGAACAUGACAUCAAAUGAAGCAUUAUCCUUAGAAGCAAUCAGAAUUAAAGUAGUGAAAAUGCUUGGAUCUCUAGGAGGACAAAUAAACAGAAAUCUUAUAACAGCUGCAUCCUCAGAUGAAAUGAUGAAGAGAUGUAUAGCGUGGGAUAGAGAAAAGAGGCUCAGCUUUGCAGUGCCAUUUUUGGAAAUGAAGCCUAUCAUUUAUCUUGAUGUCUUCUUGCCUCGGGUCACAGAAUUAGCUUUGUUAGCUACUGACAGACAGACUAAAGUUGCAGCAUGUGAACUUUUACAUAGCAUGGUGAUGUUUAUGUUGGGAAAGGCCACUCAAAUACCUGAAGGUGACCACGGCUCCCCACCCAUGUACCAGCUCUAUAAGCGGACGUUCCCUGUACUGCUCCGACUCGCAUGUGAUGUAGAUAAGGUGACAAGGCAAUUAUAUGAGCCACUAGUUAUGCAACUGAUCCAUUGGUUCACCAACAACAAGAAAUUCGAAAGUCAGGAUACUAUUGCCUUACUAGAAUCUAUAUUGGAUGGAAUUGUGGAUCCUAUUGACAGUACAUUAAGAGAUUUUUGUGGUCUCUGUAUUCGAGAAUUCUUGAAAUGGUCUAUUAAGCAAACAACACCACAGCAGCAGGAAAAAAGUCCAGUAAAUACCAAAUCACUUUUUAAGCGACUCUACAGCUUUGCACUCCACCCCAGUGCUUCUAAGAGACUCGGGGCAGCACUUGCUUUUAAUAAUGUCUACAGGGAAUUCAGGGAAGAAUCGUCCCUGGUAGAGCAGUUUGUGUUUGAAGCCUUGGUUGUCUAUAUGGAAAGUCUGGCCUUAGCACAUACAGAUGAAAAUUCCUUGGGUACAGUCCAGCAGUGUUGUGCUGCCAUUGACCAUCUCAGGUACAUUGUUGAGAAGAAGCAUGUUUCUUUAAACAAGCCCAAAAAACGGCGCUUGCCAAGAGGGUUUCCCCCUGCUUCUUCACUAUGCCUACUAGAUGUGGUCAGGUGGCUUUUGGCCCACUGUGGAAGGCCCCAGAGGGAGUGUCGGCACAAAUCCAUAGAGCUCUUUUAUAAAUUUGUUCCUUUAUUACCAGACAACAAAUCCCCUUCUGUAUGGCUGAAUGAGAUUCUCAAGAAAGAAGGCAUUUCUUUUCUUAUACAUCAGUUUGAAGGGGGAGGACAGAGUUGUGACCAGCUCUCUGGCAUCCUGGUACAGCCCACUCUCAGCCAUAUUUCAGGGCCAUUUAGUCUUCGCACGACCCUGCAGUGGUUGGACAUGCUACUGGCAUCGUUGGAGUGUUACAACACGUUUAUUGGUGAGAAGACCAUUGGAGCAUUGGAGGUCCUGGAGGGUGAUCAUGAAAGGAAUGAGGUGGGAAAGGAGAAAAGCAGUACACCUGUGUUUGCAGGCAGUUGCAAUCCCUUCAAGCUCCUGGAGAAGGAUUUGCUCAUCAGCAGUCUUGUGAAGCUCAUGGUGAAAACCCUGUGUGAGCCUGCGAGCAUGGGCUUUAAUACAGGAGAUGUCCAGGUCAUGGAUCGCCUUCCUAGUGUGUGUGUGAACCUGAUGGCAGCCCUGAAGAAGCUACCAUAUGAAGACAUCCUAAAGGCACACCUCCAGGAAAAAAUACCAUUGCAGAGCAUUGAGGACCUUUGUGCUAUUGACCUGUAUGACCCUGAUGCUCAUGUGGACAGGACCAAGCUGGCUUCUUUGGUGUCAGCAUGUAAACAUCUUAAUAAGGCCGGGUUCUUGCAUGCUAUAUUACCAUCACAGUCUGUACAUCUACAGCAUUCUAUUGGUACACAACUUCUCUCCAUGGUUUAUAAAGACAUCGCACCUGGACAUGAAGGACAACGUCUUCCUAUGCUCGAUACCAGCUGUAAGCGACUCGCUAGUGGGCUCCUGGAGUUGGCCUUUGCCUUUGGAGGACCGUGUGAGCAACUGGUGGGCCUCCUUCUGAGCAAAGCAGUAUUGUCCAUGCCAUCCUCGGGCCCGUUACAGAGAAACAUCAUCAGCUUCUCCCAUGGAGAGUAUUUUUAUAGCUUGUUCUCAGAAACUAUCAACUCUGAAUUGAUGAAAAAUGUAGAUGUUGCUGUGAUGGAGCUCAUGAAAUCAUCUGAAGAGAAUCCCAAAAUGGUGAGUGCUGUUUUGAAUGGCAUGUUAGACCAAAGCUUCAAAGAUCGAGCCAUUCAGAAGCACCAAGGACUGAAGCUUGUGACCGCAGUUCUGCAAAACUGGAAGAAGUGUGAAUCAUGGUGGGCCAAAGAUUCUGCACCUGAAAGUAAAAUGGCAGUGCUGGCCUUGUUGGCAAAAAUUUUACAGAUUGAUUCAUCUGUAUCUUUUAAUACAAAUCACAGCUCAUUCCCUGAAGUCUUUAGAACAUACACUAGCCUACUUGCUGAUUCCAAGUUGGGUUUACAUUUAAAAGGUCAAGCAAUCAUUAUUCUUCCUUUCUUCACCAAUCUUACUGGAAGAAGUCUUGAGGACCUAAAGCAAGCUCUGGAAAAGCUUGUGGUUUCUAAUUUUCCUAUGAAGUCUGAUGAAUUUCCCCAGGGAACACUGCGGCAUAAUAAUUAUGUGGACUGCAUGAAGAAGUUUCUAGAUGCAUUGGAAUUAUCUCAGAGUCCUGUGUUGUUACAAUUGAUGACCGAAAUUCUUUGUCGGGAACAACACCAUGUUAUGGAAGACUUAUUUAAAUUGACUUUCAAACGGAUUGCCAUUAGGAGUUCAUGUACUACACAAGUAGUCCUUCUGGAAAGUGUCUACAGAAUGUUUGGGAGGGAUGACCUACUUUCAAAUACUACCCGUCAGGCAUUUAUAGAUCGUUGUCUCCUCACUCUGCUGUGGCACUGUACUCUGAAUGCUUUGAGAGAAUUUUUCAGCAAAAUCGUGGUAGAUGCCAUUGAUACGUUGAAAUCCAGGUUUACAAAGAUAAAUGAAUCUACUUUUGAUACUCAAAUCACCAAGAAGAUGGGCUAUUAUAAGAUGCUAGAUGUGAUGUAUUCUCGUCUCCCAAAAGAUGAUGUUUAUUCUAAGGAAUCAAAAAUCAAUCAAGUUUUUCAUGGCUCGUGUAUUACAGAAGGAAAUGAACUCACAAAGACACUUAUUAAAUUGUGCUAUGAUGCCUUUACAGAGAACAUGGCAGGAGAGAGUCAGUUAUUGGAGAGGAGAAGACUUUAUCAUUGUGCUGCAUACAACUGUGCCAUUUCUGUUGUUUCAUGUGUCUUCAGUGAGUUAAAGUUCUACCAGGGUUUUCUGUUCAGUGAAAAACCAGAAAAGAACUUGCUUAUUUUUGAAAAUCUGUUAGACCUGAAUCGCUGCUAUACAUUUCCUAUAGAAGUUGAGGUUCCUAUGGAAAGAAAGAAAAAGUACCUUGAAAUUCGAAAGGAAGCCAGAGAAGCAUCAAAUGGGGAUUCAGAUGGUCCUCAUUAUAUGUCUUCCCUGUCGUAUUCGGCAGCCAGUAGCCUGAGUGAGGAAAUGAGCCAAUUUGAUUUCUCAACUGGAGUUCAGAGCUAUUCAUACAGUUCACAAGAUCCCAAAUCUACCACUGGUCGUUUUCGGAGACGGGAUCAUCAGGAGCCCGUGGGCCAAGAUGAGUUCAUGGAGCUAGAGAUGGAUGAGCUGAACCAGCAUGAGUGCAUGGUCCCUCUGACAACCCUGGUCAAGCAUAUGCAUAGAAGCCAGAUUACCACGAAGGUGGAGGAGGGUUCAGUGCCAAGCAGUCUUCCUCACUGGAUGAAAUUUCUUCAUGAUAAACUUGCAAAUAUAUCAGUACCAUUAAAUAUCCGUCUCUUCUUAGCCAAACUUGUUAUUAAUGCAGAAGAAGUCUUUCGCCCUUAUGCCAAACACUGGCUGAGCACCCUGCUGCAGCUGGUUGUUUCUGAAAGUAACGGAGGAGAAGGAAUUCACUACAUGGUGGUUGAGAUAGUGGUCACUGUUCUGUCAUGGACAACAGUAGCUACUCCUGUAGGGGUCCCUAAAGAUGAGGUGUUAGCAAAUCGAUUGCUUCAUUUCCUAAUGAAACAUGUCUUUCAUCAGAAAAGAGCUGUGUUUAGACACAACCUUGAAAUCAUAAAAACUCUUGUUGAAUGCUGGAAGGACUGCUUAUCCAUCCCUUACAGGCUAAUAUUUGAAAAGUUUUCAAGUAAAGAUCCUAAUUCUAAAGAUAAUUCUGUAGGAAUUCAAUUAUUAGGAAUUGUUAUGGCCAAUAACUUGCCUCCAUAUGACCCAAAAUGUGGCAUAGAGAGUGUGAGAUACUUUGAAAUUUUGGUCAAUAAUAUGUCUUUUGUGAAACAUAAAGAGGUAUAUGCAGCAGCGGCAGAAGUUCUGGGGCUCACUCUUCGAUACGUUACUGAGAAAGAAAAGGUUCUAGAGGAGUUCAUUUGUGAACUAGUUGUGAAACAAUUGAAGCAACAUCAAAAUACAAUGGAGGACAAGUUCAUUGUUUGCUUAAACAAAGUUGUACAGCACUUCCCACCUCUGGCGGAUAGGUUUAUGAAUGCUGUGUUCUUCCUGCUGCCGAAAUUCCAUGGUGUAAUGAAGACGCUGUGUCUGGAGGUGGUGCUUUGUCGUGCAGAAGAAAUACCAGAUGUCUACUUGGAGCUAAUGAGCAAAGACUUCAAGCAGGUCAUGAGACACAGAGAUGAUGAAAGACAAAAAGUAUGUUUGGACAUAAUUUAUAAGAUGAUGGCAAAAUUAAAACCAGUAGAACUUCGAGAACUUCUGAAUUCUGUUGUAGAGUUUGUUUCACACCCCUCUCCAACAUGUAGGGAACAGAUGUAUAAUAUUCUUAUGUGGAUUCAUGACAAUUACAGAGAUCCAGAAAGUCAAACAGAUACUGACUCCCAGGAAAUACUUAAGCUGGCCAAAGAUGUGUUGAUUCAAGGAUUGAUUGAUGAGAAUCCCGGGCUACAAUUAAUUAUUAGAAAUUUCUGGAGUCAUGAAACUAGGUUACCAUCACAUAUUUUGGACCGGUUGUUGGCACUAAAUUCGUUAUAUUCUCCUAAAAUAGAGAUGCACUUUCUAAGUUUAGCAACAAAUUUUCUUCUUGAAAUGACCAGCCUGAGCCCAGAUUAUUCAAACCCUGUGUUUGAGCAUCCUCUGUCAGAAUGCCAGUUUCAGGAAUACACUAUUGAUUCUAACUGGCGUUUCCGGAGCACUGUUCUCACUCCGAUGUUUAUUGAGACUCAGGCCUCUCAAAGUACUCUCCUGACCCGAACCCAAGAUGGGUCCCCCACAGCUCAAGGACUGAUGACUGGACAAGUGCGGACUACUCAGCAGCACUGGGACUUCACACCUACUCAAAACACAGAUGGAAGAAGCUCCUUUAACUGGCUAACUGGAAGCAGCAUUGACCCGCUGGCAGAUUACAUGGCCUCACCGUCAUCUGAUGCCCUGUCUUCCUCCUUGCUGUUUGUCCAUAAGAGGAGGGAAAAAGCACCAAGAUCAUCCUUGAAGCCAGUGGGACCUAAUUUUGGGAAAAAGAGGCUGGGCCUUCCAGGUGAUGAGGUGGAUAACAUGGUUAAAGGCACAGAUGACCGGACAGAAAUAUUACGAUUGCGUAGGCGAUUUUUAAAGGAUCAAGGAAAGCUCAAUUUGAUUUAUGCCAGAAAAGGUGUUGCUGAACAGAAACGAGAGAAGGUGAUUAAAAGUGAGUUAAAAAUGAAGCAGGAUGCCCAAGUCAUUCUGUACAGAAGUUAUCGACAAGGAGACCUUCCUGACAUUCAGAUUAAGCACAGCAGCUUGAUCACCCCCUUACAGGCUGUGGCCCAGAGAGACCCAGUAAUUGCAAAGCAGCUCUUUGCCAGCUUGUUUUCUGGAAUUCUAAAGGGGAUGGAUAAAUUUAAGACCAUGUCUGAAAGAAACAACAUUACUCAAAAAUUACUCCAGGACUUCAAUCAUUUUCUUGAUACCACUUACUCUUUCUUUCCACCUUUUGUCUCUUGUAUCCAGGAAGUAAGUUGCCAACAUCCAGACUUGCUCUGCCUUGACCCGGCUUUGGUCAGUGCUGGCUGCCUGGCCAGCCUGCAGCAGCCUGUAGGCAUCCUGCUGCUGGAGGAAACUCUGCUCCACUUAGAUCCCCCCGAGCCUCCGAACAAGCGGACCCGAGGGACGCCCCGCCCGUCUCCAGAAGUCAUCAGAUGGAUCGAGCUUGCAAAAUUAUAUAGAUCAAUUGGAGAAUAUGAUGUCCUCCGUGGUAUUUUUAGCAGUGAACUAGGAACAAAGAAAGAUACUCAGAAUGCAUUAUUAGCAGAAGCUCGAAGUGAUUAUUCUGACGCUGCUAAGCAAUAUAAUAAGGCCCUCAAUAAACAGGACUGGUUGGAUGGUGAGCCCACAGAAGCAGAAAAGGAUUUUUGGGAGCUAGCUUCCCUGGACUGUUAUAACCACCUCACUGCAUGGAAAUCAUUGGCAUACUGCUCUACUGCCAAUGUGGACAGCAAACAGCCUCCAGAUCUAAAUAAAAUGUGGAAUGAGCCAUUUUACCAGGAGACGUACUUGCCUUACAUGAUCCGCAGCAAGCUUAAGUUACUGCUUCACGGAGAAAACGACCAGUCCCUGCUGACAUUUGUUGACGAUGCUGUGAGCAAGGAACUCCAGAAGGUUCUCCUAGAGCUUCACUACAGUCAAGAGUUGAGUCUCCUUUACCUCCUACAAGAUGAUUUUGACAGAGCCAAAUAUUAUAUUGAAAAUGGGAUUCAUGUCUUUAUGCAGACUUAUUCUAGUAUUGAUGUCCUCUUGCAUAAAAGUAGACUCACCAAAUUGCAGUCUGUACAGGCUCUAACAGAAAUUCAGGAGUUUAUCAACUUUGUAAGCAAACCAGGUAACUUAUCAUCCCAAGUUCCUCUUAAGAGACUUCUGAAAACCUGGACAAACAGAUACCCUGAUGCUAAAAUGGACCCAUUGAGCAUCUGGGAUGAUGUCAUUACAAAUCGUUGUUUCUUUCUCAGCAAAAUAGAGGAGAAGCUUACUCUACUCGCAGACGAUGAUAGCAUGAAAGUUGAUGGAGAUGGAGAUUCUGGUGACACGGUGGACAUGCCAGGGCAGGAAGAAGACAUUUAUUCUCUGAUUAAGAGCUGUAAAUUUUCCAUGAAAAUGAAGAUGGUAGAAAGUGCAAGAAAACAGAACAGCUUCUCACUUGCCAUGAAACAACUGAAGGAGCUGCAUAAAGAGUCAAAAACAAGAGGAGAUUGGAUGGUGAAAUGGGUUCAUAGCUAUUGCCGAUUGAGCCACUGCCGGAGCCGGAGCCAACAUCAUUCUGAGCAGAUUCUCACUGUGUUGAAAACCAUCCCUUUGUUGGAUGAGAACACAUCAAGCCAUUUAAGCAAAAAUAUUCUGGCUUCUUGUGAUCAGAACAUUUUCUUGGGUACCACUUACCAGAUAAUAGCUAAUGCUCUCAGCAGUGAACCUACCUGCCUUGCCCAAAUUGAGGAAAGUAAGGUUAGAAGAAUCUUGGAGCUUUCCGGAUCCAGUUCAGAGGAUACAGAAAAGGUGGUAGCGGGACUGUAUGAGAAGGCGUUCUGUUUCCUUUCUAAUGCUGUGAGAACUGCUGAGGAGGGGAUCCAGUCUUCCUCCAGGGACUGUGCCCAGGUGGCUGGAGUAAUAAAUGCUUACAUGACUUUGGUCAAUUUUUGUGAUCAGGCGCUCCGUAAGGAGGAAGAGAAUGCAUCAGGUAUUGGUUCUGUAGAAUUACAGACAUAUCCAGCACUUGUGAUGGAGAAAAUGUUGAAAGCUUUAAAAUUAAAUUCCAGUGAAGCCAGGCUAAAAUUCCCCAGACUACUUCAGAUUAUAGAACAGUAUCCAGAGGAGACUUUGAGCCUAAUGACAAAAGAGAUAUGUUCCAUUCCUUGCUGGCAGUUCAUUGGCUGGAUCAGCCACCUGGUGGCCUUACUGGACAAGGAGGAGGCUGUGGCUGUGCAGCACACUGUGGAAGAGAUUGCUGACCACUAUCCACAGGCUAUUGUCUACCCCUUCAUAAUAAGCAGUGAGAGCUAUGCCUUCAAAAACACAUCUGCCGGUCAUAAGAACAAGGAGUUUGUGGCAAGGAUAAAAAAUAAGUUGGAUCAAGGAGGAGUCAUUCAAGAUUUCAUUAAUGCCCUUGAACAGCUGUCCAAUCCAGAAAUGCUCUUUAAGGAUUGGAUGGAAGAUACCAAAAUUGAACUACUGAAAAGCCCUGUUAAUAAAAAAAAGAUUGAAAAAAUGUAUGACAGAAUGUAUGCAGCUUUGGGAGACCCAAAAGUUCCAGACCUUGGGGCUUUUAGAAAGAAGUUUAUUCAGGCCUUUGGAAAAGAAUUUGAUAAGCAUUUUGGGAAAGGCGGUUCUAAGCUACCUACUAUGAGGCUCAGUGACUUCAAUGACAUCACCACCAUGCUAUACUUUAAAAUGAGUGAAGUGUCGAAGCCGCCCGGGAAUCUGAGGGAGUGCUCACCUUGGAUGAGCAACUUCAAAGUGGAAUUUUUGAGAAAUGAGCUGGAGGUUCCUGGUCAGUAUGAUGGCAAAGGAAAGCCAUUGCCUGAAUACCAUGCACGAAUCACUGGAUUUGAUGAACGGGUAAAAGUAAUGGCAUCUAUCAGAAAACCUAAGCGCAUCAUCAUCCGAGGGCAUGAUGAGAGAGAGUACCCUUUCCUCGUGAAGGGAGGGGAAGAUCUGCGACAGGAUCAGCGCAUUGAGCAGCUUUUUGAAGUCAUGAAUGUCAUUCUUUCCCGCGAUGCUGCCUGUAGUCAGAGAAACAUGCAGUUAAAAACUUACCAGGUCAUACCCAUGACCACCAGAUUAGGAUUAAUUGAAUGGAUUGAAAAUACUUUUACCUUAAAGGACCUUCUUUUGAAUAACAUGUCACCAGAGGAGAAAGCAGCUUAUCAGAGUGGUCCAAAAGCACCAGUGACUGACUAUAGAGACUGGUUGGCAAAGAUAUCUGGAAGACAGGAUGUUGGAGCUUACAUACUAAUGUAUAACAUCUUGUCCUGGGCUCCUAAAUAUAACAUUCCUGUGGAAAGUGAUCAUCUCAAUUUUGUUUUGCCUUUGUUCAGACAGAUUCUGAAAAUAAUAAUGAUAAAUUAUUUUCUACCAGUCCCUGAGUUGAUGCCUUUUCGUCUGACUCGCCAGUUUAUCAACCUGAUGUCACCAAUGAAAGAAAGUGGUCUGAUGUACAGUGUAAUGGUUCACGCACUAAGAGCCUUUCGAUCACACCCAGACCUACUUACUAACACCAUGGAUGUGUUUCUAAAAGAGCCUUCCUUCGACUGGAAAAACUUUGAACAAAAAAUGCUGAAGAAAGGAGGAUCAUGGAUUCAAGAAAUAAAUAUAACUGAAAACAAUUGGUAUCCUCGGCAGAAAAUAAAUUACGCUAAGAGAAAGUUAGCCGGUGCCAGUCCUGCUGUUAUUACUUGUGAUGAAUUACGUCUUGGCCAUGAGAAGGAAUCUGUCUUUGGGGACUAUGUGGCAGUAGCACGAGGAAUUAAAGAUCACAACAUUCGUGCUCAAGUAACAGAGAGUGGACUUUCAGAAGAAACUCAAGUGAAGUGCUUAAUUGACCAGGCAACAGACCCCAAUAUCCUUGGCAGAACUUGGGGAGGAUGGGAGCCCUGGAUGUGA